GAAACACAGGCUGGACCACUCCUUAUCCCUUCCUGGAGACUCUUGUCAUCCUGCCCUGUUGGAUCUGGUUGCCAUCUUCACCUUGGGAAAUUCCUGGAGAUUUGGCACUUUCUUUUACCACAGAGGCUUGGUAGGGGUACGCAAAUGAAUAUUGCCAGCACUAUAAGGGUUAAAAUCACCGAGGGGCCGAGCAAGGAGUGGAGGGGGGGAGCAGAAGAGAGGAAAAGCCCUUUGCAGCUGAAGAGAAAGAGAACGGCUGCAGAUGUGCAACAACAGGGGAGCAUCGCGCAGCUAAAUCCUGGGAAGGCUUACUCGGGUGUGGAAACAGCUGCUGUGCUGCACUGCCAGCCGAGCGUCCCUUUUCUUUUGAGGAGGUGGCUGUGUAUUUCACUGAGGCGGAAUAGGUCCUGCUAAAUCCAGACCAAAGAGCUCAUGCUGGAGAACUGUCAGACUGUGGCCUCUCUGGCAGAGGAUAAUCAGAAGAAUGAGAAGGAUGAAGAACUUCAUCAGCAGUUGUCAGAUAAAGUUAAAAACGAAGACAUGGAAGGAAACUUCAGUUCAAGUGGAACACUUCAAAUGCAUCAAGGAGUCCACGGAGUGGAGAAACCUUUUGAAUGCUUGGAGUGUGGAAAGAAAUUCAGUCAAUGUGGCACUCUUCAUCGGCAUCAAAUAACACACACAGGGGAGAAACCUUUUGAGUGCUCAGAGUGUGGAAAGAGAUUCAGUAAGACUAGCCAUCUAAAACAACAUCAAAGAACCCACACAGGGGAGAAACCUUUUGCAUGCUCAGAUUGUGGGAAGAGAUUCAGUCAGUGUGGCACUCUUCAUCAGCAUCAAAGAACCCACACAGGGGAGAAACCUUUUGAGUGCUCAGAAUGUGGAAGGAGAUUCAGUAAGAGUAGCCAUCUAAAACAGCAUCAACGAAUGCACACUGGGGAGAAACCUUUUGAAUGCUCAGAGUGUGGAAAGAGAUUCAGUCAGAGGGGCCAUCUUCAACAACAUCAAGGAACCCACAAAGAGGAUAAACCUUUUGAAUGCUUGAAGUGUAGAAAGAAAUUCAGUCAGCAUGGCAGUCUUCAGAUGCACCAAAGAACCCACACAGGGGAGAGACCUUUUGAAUGCUCAGAAUGUGGAAAGAGAUUCUGUCAGAGUGGGACUCUCCAAGAGCAUCAAAGAACCCACACAGGGGAGAAACCUUAUGAAUGCUCAGAAUGUAAAAAGAAAUUCAUUAAAAGUAGCCAUCUUAAACAACAUGAAAGAACACACACAGGGGAGAGACCUUUUGAAUGCUCAGAGUGUGGGAAGAGAUUCAGUCACAACAGCACUCUUCAAGAGCAUCAAAGGACCCACACUGGGGAGAAACCUUUUGAAUGCUCAGUGUGCGAAAAGAAAUUCAUUAAGAGUAGCCAUCUUAAACAACAUGAAAGAAUCCACACAGGUGAGAAACCUUUUGAAUGUUCAGAGUGUGGAAAGAGAUUCCAUCAGAGUGGUAGUCUUCAAGAGCAUCAAAGGACCCACACAGAGGAGAAACCUUUUAAAUGUUCAGAAUGUGGAAAGAGAUUCAAUCUGAGUGACAGUCUUCGAAAGCAUCAGAGAAUUCACACAGGUGAGAAACCUUUUGAAUGCUCAAAAUGUGAAAAAAGAUUCAGUCAGCGUGGAACUCUUCAGAUGCACCAAAGAAUCCACACAGGGGAGAAACCUUUUGAAUGCUCAGAAUGUGAAAAGAGAUUCAAAAACAGUAGCAAUCUUCUGCUGCAUCUAAGAACCCACACAGAGGAGAAACCUUUUGAAUGCUCAGAAUGUGGAAAGAGAUUCAGUCUGUGUGACAGUCUUCGAAAGCAUCAAAGAAUUCACACAGGUGAGAAACCUUUUGAAUGUUCAGAGUGUGGAAAGAAAUUCAGUCAGCAUGGGACUCUUCAGAUGCACCAAAGAAUCCACACAGGGGAGAAACCUUUUAAAUGCUCAGAAUGUGGAAAGAGAUUCAAUCACAGUAGCAAUCUUCAGCAGCAUCAUAGGACCCACACAGGUGAGAAACCUUUUGAAUGCUCACGGUGUGGAAAGAAAUUCAGUUGGAGUAGCUCUCUGCAACUGCAUCUAAGAAUCCACACAUGAGAGAAAUCUUUUGCGUGCUCAGAGUGUGGGAAGAGAAACAGUCAAUGUCACACUUUAACAGCAUCAGGUAACCCACAGAGAGGGUAAACCUUUUGAAUGCUCAGAUUCCGGAAAGAGAUUCAGUUAGCAUAACAGUCUUCGAAAGCAUUUAAGAACCCACACGAUGAGAAGACAUGUAAAUGUUUAGCUUGUGAAUGGGCUUUUCUGUUAUUUUAUGCCUAAAAAGACAGCCACAGACCAUACAAAGUGUUGAAAAGAUGUAAAGUGUUGUAAGUAGCUGGACUCUACACAGAAAACUUACCUUAUCCAUGAAGAAAUGCUAUAAUAAACGCUCAUUCUGUGGAAA